UCAAGGGCACAAAGGAAUACAACAUGUGGAACAGAAAGCUGUGGUCAGGAGCUGGACACGACCUCCCGCUUCUUGCAGUGUGUGGGCUUGCCGUCCACAGACACAGGAAAAGAUCAUUUGCAGAGGCUGAAAGUGAUGCUUGAGGCCACAAUGGAUGUGUACACCUUCAUGAAAUCCAGCAUGACCGGUGUGCCGGUCCUGAGCCUGGAAGGAGCUUUGAAUUUCACCCCCGGAGCAGAUCCGCUCCAGAAUGAAGCUCUGGUUCAGAUGUGGCUUGAGGUCAAAAUCAAACCUCUGCUGGGUUCCAUCACCAAACACUUCCUGUCCUGCCUCAGCACAAAGAACUUCAGCUGCUCCACUUAUCAGACUGUAGUGAGAGAACUCAGCCAAUAUUUUUCAGAGAUGAAUCCAGUCAGACAAAAGUGGAUCUACACGUUCUUCAUGUACCCCUUUCUGUCUGGAGAAAGAGUUGCAGGUUGUGUAAACGGCAAUGAAAGCAGCGAAGAAUGGCUCAUGAAGAAUUUUGGCGCCUUCAGAGCGAUGGCCCGAAUGAAGGACUUCACCAGCCUCAACAUGGUCUUCAGUGGACUGGAGGUUCUCCACCUGCUCUCUCCUGCACAAAAGGCCGAGCUGCUCUUAAAGCCUGAGGUGGCUGGUUUAGACAACGGCACCCUGACCCUGGUCUUCAACAGCCUGCUGCCCGGCCAGCAAACGACUCCCAGCCCUGCAAACUCGUCUGUGGUGCCAUUUGGUCAUUCAUCUCCACACAGCACUCUCAAAGAGAUCGCAAAUGGAUUCAUGACAGCUUUCAGACCGAUUGGGAGUUUUGCUCAUGAAUUUGUUUCUUUUACACGUCAGAGAGGUGUUUCAGAAAUAAAAAGCACCACUUUGACUCAGUUCCUGCUCAACUGGACUCUGGCUGAGCUGGCAGACGUGUAUGAACCACCCAUUGUCCCAGACAUCCCCCAGUUUGACGUGACCAGCGUGGAGGACUGGUACCAGCAGGUGGUGCUGCCGCUGCUGCGCAGGAUCCUGCCAAACAACGGAGACCUGAUGCACCAAAACAUCACGCUCGCUUUUCACGAGCUGUAUUUUCUGGAACAUGGCGGGGAAAGUGAAUAUGAUGAACUUCAGGAUGUCUGCAGCGUCACUCUUGAUAAGAGCCCUUGUGGGUUGACCGAUGCGGUGGAGAGCAUAGCCCAUAUUAUGCAUUGUGCUGCUAAAAGUGAGCUGACGAUGACUGAAGCAACCAUCAUGAGACUGAUUACUGAGCUGGCUGAACGUCUGAACUCCCUGAUCAAAGAGUUUACCACAACAAACUUUGCGGAGCUGGCAUCUGACAUUAAGGAGAAAUUCAACGAGAACGAGCCUCCAACUCUGACCCAACAUCACCUGGACGAUCCCGAAUUCAUCCAACUCUGGUACCAGAUCAAACUGCUCCCCCUGCUGCCAGACGUCAAUCCAGACCUCCUCUCUUGCCUGAGCACCAAAAACUUCUCCUGCCCCGUUUACCAAACCCUGGUGGCAGCACUGGGUGAGAGCAUGAGGCAAAUGGAUGCUGAUACGAUGUACAGUCACAACAUCUACAGAUAUUUCAUCUACUCUUUCCUGAAUCACAACUCCACCGGACCCCAGUGCAUCUCUUCAGCCAAUCAAAGUGCAGAAUGGGUGGAGCUGAACUUUGGGUUCUUCUCAAGCUUUGCCUCUGUCAUCGACUUCUACCAGCUCAACCCUGGUUUCUCUGCGUUGGAAGCUCUGCCGGUCCUGACCCCGAAGCAGCUUGCAGAGAUGCUGCUGCUACCUCUUCCUGGUCCAACGGAGAAAGACACCAUUAUCCACGCAGUGUUUGACUUCUUGUUGGAGUCACCAGAAGACAGAAAAUUUACCGAGGUUCUGCACUUCGUGGUCCAGCUUGCAGAAGAGGUUAACCCUCCAUGCAAUGUGUAUAAACUCAUUUUUGAACGAAUAUACGGAGCCAUAACAAUUAUGCCUCCAGACCUGGAGCCGGUUAUUUUGGCCCUCAUAGAUGAUCUGAUGGGAAAAGCGCCAGCAGAGUGUGUACCAGCAGAAGUCACAUGCCAAGACAUACAGAUCAACAGUACUUUCAUCUGCCAAAGCAUCAACAGCUCCGUUCUUCAGUCAUACCAUAACAACCACACGCAUGUUUCAUGUCGCUUCACCUUGGAGGAAUAUGCUUGUGCUCAGCUGGAGGACUUCACGGCUGAACAGCUGGCUUCACUGAUGAGGUGUAAUCUGCCAGGCAACAGCAGCCAUUCCAGGGUCCUGUGGAAGUUGCUGCUGAUGAAACUCUCCAGUGUUUUGAACCCAGCGCUGGACAUGCUGGCCAACACGUCGGUGGGAAUGAUCCCGUCGGCGGAGGCCAUUCUGGAUGUGAUUGAGGAAAUCAGGCUGUCGCCGCUGACGGAUGGGGAGCUGACGAACAGCAGCGUGAUCCGCUUGUGGUUCGCAGAGCGCCUAAGCGGCUUCCUGCCAUUUGCAUCGGGGCGCUUCCUGCUCUGUCUGACCAGCAGGAACUUGAGCUGUCCAUCAUAUCAGCAAAUACUGCAGGUUUUUGUUGGCCACUUUGAGACGAUACCUUUCCAACAGCAGCUUGUGGUCCUGAAGGAUUUCAUCCUUCGUUUCCUUCUGAACGAUCACUCAGAUCAAGGAUGUUUGUCCUCCUUCAACAACAGCGCACAGUGGCUGACCGACAACUUCGGUCCAUUCUCAGAGUUUGUGCUCAUCAGUGAGCUGAUCCGUCUCAACCGACUCUUCAACCCAUUCGAGGCCUUACAGCUUCUUACGCCACAUCAGACUCUGUCAGGUUUAACAGCUGGGGAUCUGGCAGCCAUGUUGGGUUGUGAUAGGGUCUCCRACUCAAGAGGCUCCAAACCUGCCUGGAAGCUGCUGCUCUCCAAAGCCUCCCUGGUCCUGGAUCAAGCUCUGGAUCUGCUGAGCAACACCACGCUCCGUGCUGACCAUCCUUCUGCCUCCAUGAUCCUGGACUCCAUACGAGAACUCCGGCUGGAUGUCGUCAACAUGGCCGUCCUCAACAAUCCCGCCUUUGUCCAGAUGUGGUUCGGCCGCCGCCUUCGUCCGUUCCUGCCAGCUGUUUCCGAGGACUUCUUCUCAUGUCUCUCCUCCAAAUCACUGAACUGCAGCACCUACCAGUACAUGUAA